AUGACGACAAAAGUCCGAUCUACCAGGGGAUUUGGUGGAGGAGGAGAUUCUCUCAAGGGUAUCGAUGAUAUCUCUGGGAGCAGUGCGAUCUACUUGCAAAAAGUGGGAGACUUUGUCCAAAAAAAUCGAAUUUUUGGAGCAGCAGCAGCAGCAGCAGCAGCGGCAAGGAAGCAAUUUCUGGGGUUCAUGAUGAUGGAUUAUAAGGUUUGCUCGAUCAAAUUCGACCUCCAAGGAAUAAGAAACGAUGACGAAGAAGUGUUCGUUGAUCCAUGUAUAAAGCAAGAUAAGCAAGGGCUUGUGGUAUGGAAUCCAUAUCUGGGGCAAACUAAGUGGAUCAAACCCAGAACAGAGUUCGACAGCUUAGACGUGUAUGCUCUCGGAUAUGACGAGAACCGUAACCACAAAAUCCUGAGGAUUUUCUUUGAGAAUCAAACCGUUUUGGGGUACGAAAUCUACGAUUUGUGCUCUAACUCAUGGAAGGUUUUUAGUGUCACUCUUGAAUGGAGAAUAUGCAGUUUUGAACGCGGCGUAUCUUUGAAGGGAAAUACGUAUUUUCUGGCUCUUGUAAGAAACGGUGACGAAUUUUUAGUCUGUUUUGAUUUUAAAUCAGAGAGUUUCGGACCACUUCUGCCUCUGCCUUAUGGGGAAGAGCAUUUGUCUCUGUCUUGUGUUAGAGAUGAGAAGCUGGCGGUGUUACAUCGUAGCCUUGGGUUAUGUCAGGUUGUAGAGAUUUGGGUUACGGAUAAGAUUGAUCCCAGUGCGGUGUCGUGGAGCCUGUUUUUGAGACGGAUCAUUGGUUUUCCGGUUGAAAUUUAUGCUGGGAGUUUCUUCAUUGACGAGGAGAAGAAGAAAGUUGCUGUAAUUUUUGGUCUAGACCAACCUAAAUGGACCCAGACAUGUCGCCACCAGACAGCUCACAUCAUAGGACCAGAUUGGUACACCAAAUCUGUGGAUAUUGGACAAGCCUCAAUUUACCUUGGGAAACCUGACGAAUCUGGAUAUAUUCGGGAGAGGUAUUGUCGCCCACUGGUGUGCUCUUCUUGUUAUGUUCCGAGCUUAGUGCAACUGGAAACCAACCAAGGGGAAAAAGAGUGA